GAAAGUUUGGAGAGAGAAAAGCUACCAGAGAUGUGGAGACAGCAGGUCAAACAGCGACUGGAUGCAGCAGAGGAGCAGAGACACGAAAUACUGGAUGCUGCUUUCAGCCCCGAAGAUCGGCUGCAGUCAUUAGAUGGUCAUCACACUCCCUUGGUUAAAGAAGACGCUCCUGAGGAACACAGUUCUGAUUUGGACCUGCAGGACCCCGAACCUGUCCAAAUAAAGGAGGAACAGGAGGAGCUCUGGGCCAGUCUAGAGAGAGAUAAGCUCGAUAUGAAAGAGGACACUGAUGCCAGCAGGCUUUCUUUGUCGCCAGUUCAUGUGAAGAAUGAGGAUGAGGAAGAGAAACCUUCGUUCUCACUUCACCAAGACCAGGCAGAACCUGGAGAUCUGCCAAGCAACAGCUCAGCUGACCAGAUGAAAUCAGAAACUGAUGAAGAGGACUGUGGAGGAGGAGAAUCGAGUAGAAACCUAGAUCUAAACACUCAUGGAGACAUUUCCAACUCUUCAGAGACUGAAGUCAGUGAGCCGGAGGAUGAUGACGAUGAUGACGAGAACUAUUCUGACUCUCAGCUCAAACCUUUGUCAGACUCUGAGGCAGAAACUGAAGAAAGUGAAGAUGAAUGCGAGGAUGGCAGCGUUCCUGAGUUGGAUGGAAACACUCGUAGCAAACCUUGGAGCUGUGCAGAGUGUGGUAAACGAUUCGUUAGCAAGCGCUCCCUUCAGAGUCACAUGGCAUGUCAUUCAAAACUAAGAUCUGAUGUGAAAGUCCAGAAGGAUCAGAAAUGUUUUAGUUGUGAUGUCUGUGGUAAAGGUUUUAAGAGAAAAAGUCAUCUAAACCUACACACAAUAAUCCACACUGGAGAGAAACCUUUUGGUUGUGAUGUUUGUGGACAAAAAUUUGGUCGAAAGUCUCAUUUGAACAGACACAUGACGAUCCACUCAGGAGAGAAACCAUUUGAGUGUGAUAAAUGCACCAGAAAGUUCGCUAGUAAAUGUCGUCUUAACUCACACCAGAGAGUCCACUCAGAUGAGAAACCAUUUGGCUGCGACUUGUGUGAACAAAGAUUUAAGGAUAAGUCAGCUGCUAACAGACAUAUGAAAGCCCACCUAGGAGAGGAACCUCUUAAACAGAAAGAGUUUGGGUGUGAUCAGUGCAGUAAGAGGUUCACAAGUAAAAGCUGUUUGAAUUCACAUCUAAGAAUCCACACAGGAGAGAAACCAUUUGUCUGUGAUCUCUGCGGACAAAGAUUUUUCUACAAGGCAAACCUAAAAGCACACAUAAGGAUUCACACCGGGGAGAAACCGUACAGCUGUGAUGUAUGUGGACAAGAUUUUAGAUCUAAGUCCCAUUUAAACACCCACCAGCGAAUCCACACCGGAGAGAAACCACUGAACUGUGAUGUUUGCGGACAACGAUUUAGCCGCAAGUCACAUUUAACUAGACACAUGAAGGUCCAUACUGGAGAGAAACCGUUUGGGUGUGUUCAGUGCAGUAAGAGGUUCACCAACAAAACUGAUCUAACUUUCCAUCUGAGAAUCCACACUGGAGAGAAACCUUACGCCUGCGAUUUCUGUGGGAAAAGAUUUAUGGUCAAAUCAGCUGCAAACAAACACAUGCGAGUUCAUUCAGGGGUAAAACCAUUUGGCUGCCAUCUUUGUGGACAAAGAUUUACAGCCAAGCCCAGCGUGAAGAAGCAUAUGAUAAUUCACACUGGGGAGAAACCCUUCCGAUGUGAUGUCUGUGGGUACAGAUUUAACCUUAAAACCAGUUUAGACAGACACGUGAGAAUCCACACAGGAGAAAAACCGUUUGGCUGUGAUGUUUGUGGACGACACUUUAACCGCAAGUCCACCUUAAAUACACACAUGAAAAUCCACAAAGAAGAGAAAGUGGCUUAGAGAAGUAGUUCUAGAGGAAAUAUGAUUUCACAACUAAUUGAACCAAUAAAGUUUACAAUGUUUGCAUCUUGGGAGCAGGGACAAUAUUCCAUACAUGGAAGAUGUCCGGUUGCUUUGGGGUUCAUAAUGCAUUCAUACCUAUUAAAUAAAAUAGAUGGUGGAUCAUUUUAGCUGUGUAGCAGGUAGGCCAGGUGUGUAUCUGGGAAAAUAUAAACUGUUUUAGUUUUAUAAUGUGUUCAUUUCAUGCAAAUGGUCAAAUCUGAAAGAGAGAAAAAACGUAUGAAUCAUUUACUUAUGAAGGUGAAGACUAGUAGCACUACCUGAGCCACAAACAGGUUUAAAAGGAUGCAGUCCAUCCUUUCAACCACAGGUCCAUUUGAAUUCAUGUAGAGAUAUAACAGAAACCAGCAGGUCACAUGUGGAUUGGAUCAAAGCUCAGGACUGACUGUUUUAGGGACGGAUCAGUGCAGUGAAUACUGAGGUUUGAACCGGUCACUUCAGGGUUUCUGACUUUGUUCAAACUAAACUAGUUUGAUCUUUAUUCUCUUUGUUUGAAGGCAUCUGGCUGUAACUUGUUGCUCUGACCAUAAAGCAGCAGACAUCAGAAAAUCUUCCAUUCAGAGGCCAGGUUCUGGUGUAGACGAUUAGUUGCAGCUUAUUACUGCUACCACAAGGUGGCAGUAAUGCUCGGGCUAAAGAAGACUGAGGACUGUAGUCCUGUGUUUGACAGUUUAAGUUUUAACUUGUAAAUAGUUGCUGUUAUUUGAACCGUUUCAGCGUUUUAAUUUGAUCAUUUUAGUAUUAAAGUCAAAUCGUAGUAUUUAGAUUUAGUUUCAUAACUAGGUUCUUUAACUGUUGACAGCAGCCUGAAAGGAACAUGGAACAUCUGCUUUGGUCAAGAUCAUUAAUGAGUGUGUGUUUAAAAAUAUUUAAACAAUAAUGAUGAUAAUCAGAAGGUCCACUGAGAGCACAGUAGAUCUACAUCUGGGACUCGCAGCUACAGCGGUUUUAUAAGAAAAACCGAACUGGUUACCGGUUUUACCGACAUUCAUGUGGAACGGACCAAAAUCAUGCCGGUUUUCCCAUCCUCCGUUGUCCAGCAACUUUGGUCCUGAUUCUGAUAAACUUCUGAAACAUGCCUGUUCAAUAGUGUGUGGACGGGAGGCCAUGUAAGGCCCGACCUGGGUAGCGGCUGAGUAGAAGGUAUUGUUUAGCUCAGAUUAUCUUUGGACCCACUGAAUGGAACCAAAGGCAACGCUUCCCUUUCCUGGCAACAGAACUUCAGAUGAGUAACUGUUUAGGUUCUGCCUCUUCACCUCUGGAGCCCUGCAGCCUCUAGAGGUGAAGAGGCCAUGUUGGAUAAACUUCCACAGUGACUCUGGUACCGACUUGUUCUACUUGUUUGGAUUUUAUCUUAAUGUUUUAGAUUAAAAACAUAAAAUAAACCAAACACAUUUCUAAUAUUAUCCCUCCCUCCAAAACAAAUGUAAUAAAUUAAUGCUCGCAAAAAAUGCUUGUCCUCUGCCAUCGAUGUAAGCCUUAUUUUGGCUCAAAUCGUUGUCAACUACAGCAGGAACAGUUUGUUGUUACAUUGACACAUUUUAUCUGUAAUAAUGCUUCAGAUGGGCAGGGUGCAGUCUUUGAAGCAGAGAUAAGAGAAAAGCAACUGCAUGAGAAUCAUUCGUAGCUCAGCUCCAGUAAUCCUCCACAGCAGUUCGCUGUGUGUAUUAAAUGAUGUGCAUGUGUGGCAGCAGCAGAACAUGCUCUAGCGUUGGGCAGUAAUGCAGUUGAAGGAUAUAAAGUUAGUGAUUGUGUUGCAGUCAUGAACACAUUUGAUGUGUUGAGUUCAUUUCCUGUAAUCAUUUCUUCUGUGCUGCUAUUGGCCCUUAGAAACAGCACUUUCUAAAUAAAGCUUCCUUGAGUUAUGCUGCAUUCAGUUUGUCUCUGCCACAAGCUAAACACACGACUCCCCGAAGCAUUGUGGGUAAUUAUGGAUUACAGCUAAACAAAGGUUUUCUCAGCUGUUAAUAUAUUGAUGUGGAAACCCAUGAGUGGUUCUGUUGUGGAACUAUGUUUAAAUUCAAGCAUGAAAUAAUGUGAGUCCAGUUUCCAGUCCUGGUUCUAAUGUCGACCCGACCAACAGCCUGAUAGGACAGUAUCAGGAUGUCUUUCCUGCAGACCUACUGUUCUGCUCCAACACCUGAAGUAAAUGGCUGAAUUCCCUCACCAGCAGUCAGUCAGCUCUGCAGACACCUGCCAGUGAGUCAUUUGAUUCAGGUGUGCUGGACAAGCAGCUAGAAGCUGCAGCCUGCAUGUUGUAGAUGUUUCCCUGCUUUUCCACACCUGACUCAGGUGAUCGCAGUUCAGCUAAAGCCUGUUAAUCAGCCAUCAAUAGAAAUUGGGUGUGCUGAAGCAGGGAAACGUCUACAACAUGCAGGGGCUCCAGCUCUCGAGCAUCGAGUUUAAACAUCCCUGAUCUAGAGCACUGGACUGGGGUGUGAAAUCACCACCUUGGUUUGUUAACCAUCGGUGCUUCAGUCCUCAUCAGUUGAUCUCUGAUCAGGACCAGCAGCUGGAAAACAGUUGAACAACUUUUAGAGAAAGACUUGAGUCACCUAGAGAUGUUAAAAGACCAACAGUGUUAAAGAUCUGAGUCCAAAGUACACUGCCUCGCUAAAAAAAAGGUCACACUCUAAUAUUUUGUUGGACCGCCUUUAGUUUUGAUUACGGCUCCAUUCGCUGUGGCUUUGUUUCGAAGCUUCUGCAAUGUCACAAGAUUUAUUUCCACCCAGUGUUGCGUUCAUUUUUCACCAAGAUCUUGCAUUGAUGAUGGUAGAGUCAAAGUCUUCUCCAGCACAUCCCAAAGACUCUCAAUGGGGUUAAGGUCUGGACUCUGGUGGCCAAUCCAUGUGUGAGAAUGAUGUCUCAUGCUCCCUGAACCACUCUUUCACAAUUCGAGCUCCAUGAAUCCUGGCAUUGUUAUCUUGGAAUAUACCCGUACCAUCAGGGAAGAAAAAACCCAUUGAUGGAUAACCUGGUCAUUCAGUAUAUUCAGGUAGUCAGCUGCUGUUUCCCAUGAGCCCGCCCCUACCUGUUGACGAAGGUGGUUCUUUGUACUGGCCCGUUGUUAGUGUGCUCUAGUUAAGCACUGGAAGCAGUUAGGUGGAAAAGAUUGUCGUCAUGUUGAAGCUUCUACUCCUUUGCUCAGAGGUACUCAAGCAGGACUCUGUUGCUGCUGGAUUACUCCUGAAGAACGCUAAUUAAAACGUGGAAAUUAGUCAGAGGAAACGGCUCAUUUGUGCAGCAGCUGUUUGCUUUCAGUUAUUUGGAUCAAAACAUAAACUUCAUGAUUAAAUCUUGGUUGUGAGUCCAUUGUUAUGUUCUGUUUGAGGCGGCCAUGACAACAUGUACUAAACUGUAGUUUCCAUGUUUUACUUUGGUCUUACCUAAUUAGUAGCUAUGUGCGAAUAAAUAGUUAUGAAGAAGGACCACCUCCCUGAAGCAGUGACUCAGGGUUCCCCUCAGACGCAGAUACAGAACCUUCAUCCAUUAAGGUUGCAUUUCUACCAGAUACUUCAUGUUCCUGUUAUGUUUGUGGCUGGAGGUCAUGGUUGGGUUGUGAAUGCAGAACAACUAUGAGCUGCUCCAGUCUUCUUCCUGAAGGCCUCAGCCAGAUCUUAGGAUUUCACCAUGGUGUCCACUCUCACUUCAACAGUCAGGAGCACCAAACUAAAUGUCCGAGGUUUAAACAGGACAAGCUUCCCACAUUAUGCGGAGCCAUGAUGUGAUCAACCUGUGUGGGUUUUGUAUCAUUCUUGUUAGGAAUACAUUUGGGGGUGUACUAAUUUAUUCCUCAACAGAAAUCCAGUUUUUCAAUAUACAUCUCAAUGAAAAUGUCAAAUGUUAUUUUUACAGUUUUUAUUGGUUGUUUAUAUUAUUUGAAUCUAAGAGUUUUGGUCAAACUUCAGUCAAAUGUGUUGAAAACUGCACAGACUAUCUUAGGGUGUCCUAUUUUUUCAUUUAGUUUUUACAUGACUAGGUCCUCCUGUUUAAUGUCUCGCUAACACAAAUAUUAACUCAGCCAAUCACGUGGCAGCGACUCAUUGCAUUCAUGAUCACAUUUCUUAAUAAAAAGUUUGUUUUAAAGUGCA